AGAACUGCUGUUGCCUGAACUGCUUUGGUAGAAGCCCACAUGCUGCCAUGGACAAACUGUCUGGCCCUGGUAAACAUGUCCAGCACAUCCUGCCAGCUCAAAGGGCUGUGGUGCUGCCAGGACUACCUAACUGGCAGGUCUGUGACUUCAAGAGGGACUUGUGUGGCUGGCAGCAGAGCAACACUGAUGACUUUGACUGGAUACUUGCCGGGGAAAGACCUGCUGGGCCAGUGACUGGCAAUACCUCUGAAACCCAGUGCUCUCCUUCUUGGGGUAGCUAUAUCUCCCUGAAGUCUCCUUUCUCCAGACAAACGCCAGAACAGAAAGCUGCUCUAAUUAGUCCCAUUCUGCAAAAGCUUGGAUGCAUCCACUUCUGGUACAGCCCACUGGGCUCUGUUAUGGGCACAAUCAGCAUCUAUCUCAAAGUUGCAGGUGCCCCUGAGUGGCACAGAAUCUGGUCUGCCAAAGGGCAGCAGGGCACAGACUGGCAUGAAGUAAGUGUGGAGGCCUGUGUGUCUCAGAAGCUGCAGGUGAUGGUGGAAGGAGUCAUUGGCCUGGAAGCAGGGAGUGAUGCUGCCAUUGAUGACCUCGCUUUCUGUAUGGCGGAGUGUCAGGAAGGCUGUGAAGAGCUAGCUGCCUUAUACAGAAAGUGAAACAAGC